AUGGCAGUACCAUCAAAACAAUUGUUACUUAAUGUAGCUGUUUCAGUGGCUGGAAGUUUUCAUAAUCGAACAUUUGGAUUAUUAGGUACUUAUGAUGGUUUUGGUGUUACGUGGGCUAUUGAUCCAUCUUCUUCAUUGUUUUAUUAUGAACCAAGUCAAUCUGCUCAGUUUUUUGAACAACAAAAUCGUAAUUUUAUUCCACCAUUUACUGAUCCGACAUCAACAAACAAUACUUCAAUAUCAACACUUAAUAGUUGUAAAAUAAAUCGAACAUCUUCACCUUCAUCAUGGACUUUUUGCCGAACGAACAUGUUAUUAUGA